AUGCAGAUGAAGAGGAAGUACAUGAAAAAGAAGAUUCUAGGAAGAAAGAAGAAAGGAAAUAAGAAAAUGGGAAGAACACAAGAAUAUGCGCAAUACCGUUGUAAUAUGCAGUCAUUUUUCGACACAAUGCAAAGAAUUAAGGAACGCUUGACCAAAGGGCACUUGGAGUUGCUUCAACAAACUCCAUUUUGA